AUGUCGCUUGAUAAUAUUAUUAAUACUGUUCAAAGUCUCUCUGAAGAGCCUAAUAAAUUAGGUGAGGAUGAGGAAGCCAAUUUAUACGUAUAUCUCACUGACAAGGGUACUAAAUUAGCUGAUGUGGAAAAAUUGCUUAAUCUCUACAAGACAAAUAACGCUAAGCUUGUAUAUUUGAAAGGGCUAUCGAAGAAGUCUGUUUCUGACGCCAGGUCCGUUGCACGAGCAAUAUUGACCCGAACUCUCUUAAAUUUAUACAAACCUGUUCCCAAUACCGAAAAAACGCCAGACCAAUAUGCUGGGUCUGGACUGAUUCGAUUCGAACACGUAAAUGAAGAUAGUCCAAUGGGAUACCUCACUGCACCGUAUAUCUGGCUCUGGAUAUUUGUAGAGAUAUCUCAUGAGCAAGGAAAUCCAAUACUUCGAGAUUGGGAGUUCGCUGAUUAUGGAGAGCAAAAAGCAUUUCUGAAUCCUGUGUUAUCAUUGAAAGCUAA